GCGACUGCACUUCUUCUCGGAGCUUGACAGAGCAGAGCAGCGCAGAGCCGUGCUUGACAAUGGUUGCAUACUGGAGACUAGCUGGACUCAGCUACGUGCGCUACUCUGCUAUCUGUGCUCAGGCAGUGCGUGAGGCUCUGAAGCCACAUCUGAAAGCCGCCGCCCUACGGAACGCAGAAGCUACAGUGACAGUCGUGAAGCGCAAGACGCCCUGAACCCCACA